GUUACUUCCUGGUUUGAAGAGGCAGUGGCUGGAGGAACUGCGUGGCUGAAAAAAGAAACUGACACGUGGAUCAUCAUCAACACUUCAGGAAUCAGGAAAAAGCUGAAUUUCCUCCCGCUGCGUAAUAGCAGUUGUGAAAGCCGAAAGUCCGCUCAUUUAUGCCAGUCGCCGGAGCGCAAUGGAUGCGGCAGAGGUCUUAUAAAAGAGAUGCUUCCGUGAGGAAACUGGAAUAGAAACAUUUUUUUUUCAUUGCUUUGGUUUUUUGCCUGUAACGCUCGCACAGACUGACCCGAGAGGAUAACAGAGCGGAUAGUCACAAACGGAUAUAUUUGGCGUUGAAUGGCAAUUCUACAAAAACAUGGAAAGAACUCUUGUCCAGAUUUGGCCAGUAUUAAGGAGAACCCCGCAGAUAAUAUCGGACAAACUGGAUCCCAGAAGAAGUGGGCAGAGUCGAGUCAGAACUGGACAAGGCCAGUGGCGAGGGUAUGGACGGUGGUGUUGUUGCUGGGGACGUGCCUGCUGUACUGUGCCCGUGUGGCCAUGCCUAUCUGUGCAGUGAGCAUGGCAGAGCGCUUCAGCUGGUCCAAGAGAGAGACAGGCAUGGUGCUGGGCAGCUUCUUCUGGGGCUACUGCUUCACUCAGGUGCUUGGAGGCUACGUCAGUGACAGAGUGGGAGGAGAGAAAGUGUUGAUGUUGUCAGCGGCAGCAUGGGGAGCAAUGACCGCCUUCACGCCAAUCUUAGCCCAUUUCUGCUCCCAGCCCAUCGUCUCCAUGACCAUCUCCCGCUUCCUCAUGGGCCUGCUGCAGGGUGUUCACUACCCAUCACUGGCCAGUCUGUGCUCUCAGAAGGUUGUGGAGAGUGAGAGGGGCUUCCUCAUGAGCACAGUAGGAAGCGGCUCAUACCUGGGGACUCUGGUGAUAGGAGGCAUAGGCUCUCUGAUGCUGGACUUGUAUGGCUGGGAGAGUGUGUUCUACAUCUCUGGGCUUCUGUCUGUGUUGUGGGCAUACUGCAUGUGGAAGUAUCUGCUCAAAGGAGAAGGUGUUCACUACCCAUCACUGGCCAGUCUGUGCUCUCAGAAGGUUGUGGAGAGUGAGAGGGGCUUCCUCAUGAGCACAGUAGGAAGCGGCUCAUACCUGGGGACUCUGGUGAUAGGAGGCAUAGGCUCUCUGAUGCUGGACUUGUAUGGCUGGGAGAGUGUGUUCUACAUCUCUGGGCUUCUGUCUGUGUUGUGGGCAUACUGCAUGUGGAAGUAUCUGCUCAAAGGAGAAGUUUUCAGCGCCGUCAUUAUUACACACUUGUGCACCGCUAGCACCUUCUUCACAUUGCUGUCAUGGCUGCCAACGUUUUUCAAGGACACCUUCCCUGAUGCCAAGGGUUGGGUGUUUAACGUGAUCCCAUGGUUUGUGGCCAUCCCUUCUUCCCUGUUUAGUGGCUGCCUUUCAGACCAUCUAAUCAGUCAGGGUUUUGAUACUGCAUCAGUGAGAAAACUCAUGCAGUUCUUCUCUAUGGGCGUCUCCAGUGUGUUUACUCUGUUUCUGUGUGGGACCACUACCUUCCCCACAGCUGUGGCUUUCGUGUCCGCUACUAUGGGCCUCACCACAUUCAGCCACAGUGGGGUUUCAGUGAAUGUUCAGGAUCUCGCUCCAUCCUGUGCAGGGGCUCUGUUUGGAGUGAUGAAUACCUGUGGAGCAUUUACAGGGGUCAUCAUGGUGUAUUUCUCGGGGUAUCUGAUCGAGGCCACUGGUUCCUGGGCAUCCGUUUUUGGCCUCAUCACGGUACUGAACCUGCUGGGUUUAGGAACAUUUUUAUGCUUCGCAGAAGCUCGCAGAGUGGACAUCGAACUAGCGAAGGGCCGUUACCACAACAUCCACAUCUGAGAGCACAGGACGGGAGCAGAGCAGCAGAAAUGACAGGCUCUGACAGAAACCUUUCUGAAGAGGGACAUCCCAAACACUCGCUGGCUUCUUCAUUAUGGUUCUUUUAUUUUCUGUUCGGCUUUUCUUUGGCUGAAGAGAAUCUAGGAGAAGCUGUAGGAGAUACUUAACCGAUAUGGAUCUGUUAUAGAUCACUAGGAGCCACAGUAUGAAGUGUGUUACUGAAUAUUUUGUUAAGGUCCUUGCGUUCAUUCAUUUCUAUUUUAUCCUGUAGCACUUGUGUUGGUUUAUGGUAGCAAUUUCUUUAAUAUCAUCAUUACUGUGACCAAAGCAGUUCAAACCAUCCAUUAAUCAGAUGAAGACCAAAAGCUAGAGCUUGAGUGUCUGAGUACUGACAAUGUUUAUUAAAUUAUUGUUAAUACCAUUUGUUUUGGCAUUGUAAAAUACCUCGUCUCAGACAUCUCGGCUGUUUUUCAUACUCGGAGUGUGAUAGAGAUUACAGUUUGUUACUGCAGAAUUGGAGUAUACUGUCAUUUAAUGAAACGUGUGCUAGGUCAUCUUGUCAUUGGCUGAUCCUUCAAAGCAUUUUCUUUGUCUCAGCCGUCUGCCGUUGAGAAGAGUUUCUGAUCUUUAAAGGAUGUUUUUGUUUCAAACUGCUAGUUUG